UGUUCCGCAGGGAAAUUGGAGUUAACUGAACAUGGAACUGGUUCUGAUAGGCUGGAGUUAUAGUACUAGUCGUACUGAUGCUCGCUUUACAUGCAUACAUGCUUGUUCACUUGUUUUAAUUUUCACUUAUAUAUAUCCUUCUCCUUUCGUCAAUUCUCUUUUCUUUUCUUUUCUUUUCUUUUCUUUUCUUUCAGUUCUUCUUUUUUCGGGUCAUUGCUAUGCUUUGAUGGCCAAACGACGGGGAGAUUUCUACUUACCUAGACAUCCGAUUAUGACGUUAUGGCUUUUCUUUUCUUCCGAC